CUCCCCGUUGCCAAGGAAACAGUAACAAACAUGGCAGUCUUUAUCGAGCCACUGGGAGCUUUUUAAAGUGCAGUUAAGAAAGUGCCGCGGGAAGUAAAAAACGAACGGGCAAAAUGGGGGAGAACAACAAUUAUGGAUGUGACUUGGAUGUGGAGUCAGACAGCUGUGAACUAAAGUCUGAUCACAAUAGCUCGGAUGAGGACAUUGAUGGGAAGGCAGAGGAUGAUAUAAAGACUGACUUAAAGACUUUAAGGAUGACGAAGAAGGAUGAAGAAGCAGAGGAGCUUCCUGAUCUUGAGUGGUUAAACGAGUUGUCCGAGGACAAUGAUAGUGAUGGUGACCUUGUGGGUGAAUCUGCAGACGAGAAAGACAUGACUUUUGCAGAGACGGCACGGAUCUUCAAGCUGAGGCGGAACCUGGACCAGCUGGACGACUUCCAGAGACAGAAGGCGUGUUCCUUGGUGAAAGCCAGAAAGGCCCUUAACCUCCUACGUCAGCGCAUUGGGAGUCUACAGGAGCAGCGGGAUGUUUUGGAGCGUGAAAUAGAACAUCCAGAAGCAGAAGAAGACAACAUUUCACUCCGUCGUUUGCGGGCUGAGCAAAAAAAUCUGUGUUACGAGCUGCAGAGGGAAGAAGAGAUUGAGGCCCACACCGACAAUGAGCUACGGCAACAAGAACUGGAGCUGAGUGAGAUGGAGCUUGAGAUCGGAAAGUUCUCCUUUUUGCAGCAGGAGGUGCAGGAAGAAGAGGAAGUCUUCAAGGUGCUCAAAGCCCAGAAGGCAGUGAAAAGGCUGCAGCAGGAGAGGAAAAACCACCAAACUCUGCAGCUAAAGAGUCUACGUCCCAAUACGAAACAUACAGACAUUGUGGAGAAAGAAGAAACUUUGUCUCAGAAGAAAAUAAUAAAGAGCCACAUGGACCACAAUAUUGCAGCCGAGUACUUGAAGAAGACUGUCAGAAGGCUACAGCAGCAAGAAGCUGCUAAAGAGCAGCAGAGGAAAGAGGCGAUGGAAAAGAGAAUACAAGCUGUGAAGCAACUGAAAGCUAACAUUGAAGCAAACCAAGAGAACCUACGGGUCAGACAAAGCAGAGCCAAAGCAAACGCCCUGAAGCAAGAACGUCAACAGAACCGGCUGAAAGAAUCCCUGCAGGCUCAAGGCUUAAACAGCACCCGGCACAUAUUCCAACAGAAACGAGAGGAGGAGGCAAAAAGAAAGCAAGAGGAAUUCAAGGAGAGACAGAAAGCAAAGAGGGUCGAGAUUGUGGACAAGAUUCUUUUGGAGAAGCAGAUGCUGAAGAGUAAAAAAACUCAGCAGGCAUCAACGACUAAACCCCGCACCGCCCCUACCAUCCUUUCCCCAGGCAGGAUAAGAAGGAAGCUCCUGUAUUACCUGGAUACCAGAACACCACCAGGCACAGAGAGUGACACAACAUUAAGGAAUGUGAGCCUAAGCAGCGGCUCAUCAUCAGAAUCAGAGUACCAGGAAGACCUUGCCCAAAAGGAACUGCUAAAUCUGAGCCUUCCCGACAGCCUAGAAGAGCCUGAAUUCUGUGGGCUGUGGGACCAAAACUACAAGUUUCCUUCCAACGAUAAGAAAGUGUUGUCGCCGACAGUUGCAAAACAAGAAAAACCUACCGUGGUCAGCUCGAAGUUGAGUGUAACCUCCAAAAAACUUGGUGCAAAAGACGCCAAAGGACCUUCAUUUAGCAGUAAGCCAGAAGUCAUUCUAUUCAAGGACUUUGAAGUGGGGGAAACGUACAAAAAGAAAGUCAUUCUGACUAACAUCAGCUACAUCACGAAUCACUGCAAGCUCCUUGGCAUCUCUGCUCAACUGCAGGAUUUUAUCUUGAUCAAUUUCCAACCUCCCGGUCCUUUGUCUACUGGGAUGUCUUGUGAAAUGCAUGUUACUUUCCACCCUUCGCUCAAUGAGGAGGUGGAAGGAGAGGUCCAGUUUUCAUCAGCAACCGGCUACUUUUCUGUGCCUGUCAGAUGCACCAUAAAGAGAUGUGACCUGGAGGUUGACAGCCAGUUUAUAGACUUUGGUUUGCAUGUUGUGGGCCAGACUGUUUCACGCACCAUCACCUUGACCAACAAGGGUGCGCUGGCAACCUACUUUUGUCUGGACAUCACAAUGCCUGGUACAGCAACUCACCGGGUCCAGAUGCCAUCCCAGGUCUCUGCCAGCACAUGCCAGGACACUUUUACUCAGCCUGUUACAAGUAUUACAACAUGUGACAAUGUGACCAAGAGUGUGACAUCCAUGGCUACCAGAGAACUACAACAAACGGAUCAUGUUUCGGAAAUGUCCACGGUAUCCCAGAAAUGCCAACAAGAUCCAAGAGAUACUGAGACGUGUGUGUCCUCCAGCAUGGAUGCGCCGAUCGAAGAGGAUCCUUCUGAUUGCUGUGACAUAACUAUAGGGAAGGUGAGAGAAGGCGAGAUUGGACCUUUUGAGAGCAUCAAACUGGAGCUAAUAUUUUCACCGACGUUUCCUGGAGAAGUCCAACUUGACCUGAACAUGAAGUUUUCAGAUCCGACCAGCAACCCAAUACCCAUCCAUGUGAAGGGAGAGGGAGUGGGCCUCCCAGUGUGGGUGGUGGACCCUAACAUUGACUUGAAGAUCUGCAUGUUUGACCAUCUCUAUCAAGAUGAUGUCACGCUCCAAAGCAGCACCAGCACGGCCUUGAAGCUGACCUUUGACCUGUGCUCGGCGAUGAGGAAACACAUAGAGAUCCUACCAAGGACAGGCUUUCUGCAGGCUCAGUCAAGCUUCACUGCUCACCUCAAGUUUGUGCCAAGACAGUCCUUACCCCAAGAUGCCAGCAAGUAUUUUGACCAUGAAACAGGAGUCCUGGAGGUUCCGAUGACAGUGCAAGUUGCGGGGCAGGUGCAUCCUGUCAUUUACACCAUCCAAGCAAUUGUGACGUCUUCUGACAUGAAGUUUGACCAAAUGGAGAUGGACUUUGGCUACUGUUCUAUUUACCAGUCGGUCAAGAGCAGCGUGCGCCUGACCAACAUGUCCUUGCUGCCUCAAGAGUUUGGCUUUGUGGCCAUUCCAGAGUGUGUAAAAGUCCAACCAAAUGAUGGCUUUGGCACUCUCCUCCCACAAGAAACGCUGGAGAUUGAUGUCAUUUUCAGCGCCAGCGAAGCUAAACCUUACCGUUUCCAGCUCAGCUGCAAGUCUGCCAUUAACAGAGUUUUCCCCCUGGCUUGUCGGGCCACGGGUGUCUGCCCUCCCUUAGAGCUCUCCCAUUAUCUGAUCCAGUUUGGGCCCACGGCUGUAGGCGACCACUCCACCGCUUUGCUGUACCUCACCUACAGUCAAUGUGGACGGAAGCCGUCCAAACAACCUGCCUGUGCUGAAGGAAGACUGUUCUCCUUCACACCACCCCGGGACUCCAGUUUCAGCAUCUCUCCUGCUGCAGGACGCCUGCUACCUGGAGAGAGAUGUCUGAUCCUAGUGACCUUUAGACCCAAACUGGAAGACCAGGACAUCAGGGAGGAGGCGUUACAUCUCCUCAAAGCCAAGAAGCUUGUUGAGGAGGAGGCUAAAAAGGUCUCUGACGAAGAGCCAAAAAAGGAGAGCGUAGUGGACAUCAAGGCGAAGAAAUUGUCUAAAAGCAGCAAGAUAGAGACAUCAGAAAUAUCCAAAAAUGUCAGCCCGAUAGAAACACCACCUCCUGAAAACAUCGACGCAGGAUCUCAAAGUUUUGAGGAGGCGAGAACAUCUCUGCUGCACUCCUUCACCCCGCGCUACAGCGAGUACACCAUCCCCUGCUUUGUGUCAGACGGAGAUCCCCCAGAGGAAAACCGGCAGGCCCAGCCAACAUGGAGUCCUCUCAAUACGCUCUACUUGAAGCUGCAGUGUCUGGCUGUACAGCCCCCUCUAGUGGUGGUGUCCAACAACAUCCGAAAUUAUGUCUUAGAUUUCCAGCAAAUGACAUUAGGAGAGAGGGUUAUCAAAAAAGUUGCUGUUGAGAACAUUUCAGAUGAGUCUUUGCAGCUGAGGUCCUCAUUACUGGAUGUAAACGGCCCCUUUUCACUCCUUAAUUCUCUCAGAGUCCUAACACCUGGAGAUAAGCACAUACUGGUGUUGACUUUCUGUCCAACACUGGAAAAAAAGUUCUGUGAGACUUUGGAGGUGCGUUGUCAGAAGAUGACCCUGGCCCUGACUCUGCGUGGAGAGGGUGUUGUUCCUGCUAUCACCUGCUCCCACUCUGGCGGUCUCCUUGAUUUUGGCUGCGUGCUAGAGAAAGAGAGCACCUCACAGGUUCUGAAGCUCCAAAACAGCUCAGACGUUACAGUUGGUUUCAAGGCGCUCUUCUACAGCCUCUUGCCGUCCAACACUCGGCAUGCUGAUGAGCGAGUGGCCCUACUGUUGGGUGGUUACACCGACUCCAAGAUACAACCAGUUGUAGGGACUCAAAACUACAACGGACUGAGUGUUUUCAGUGUUGAGCCUGUGGAAGGAUGCAUUGCUGCAAGACAGAGCCAAGACAUAGUUGUCACCUUUCACCCCGAUCACCCAUCCGUCAACUAUUCCGAUCAACUCACAAUUGAACUCGUCAAUAAGAGUAAACUCUGCGUUCUGGAUCUAAAAGGUGCAGCAUCUUCACAUAAUACAUAUCUACUAGGAGGAGACCCUCUCACAAUUCCUGUUGAAUCCCUUCUUCCUCCACUCAUAACCAGUCCACUUCAUCCUGCAGUAGUGCAGUCAGGGGAGAUGGAAAUCCCUGUGCUGCUUACUCUGCGAGCCAGCUACAGCAUGGGGACCAUUAAGCCUGCAGUCAGGGAGCUGGAGGUGGGCUGCAUCCGGACCAGCAAGAAGGGCUGCGAAUUUCUCUGGGACAACCUGGCAUCCCUGCAGCAGCAAGGCUUCAGUGUGGAGCCCAGCAAAAGUCUCGUAGAUGCGGGCACCAGACGAACCAUCACACUCACGUGGACCCCCCAGAGUGGACACAAGCCCAAUGAAGUGGUGCAGAUGUGUGUGCCUCUCACAGUAAAAGGUGAUGGGACAAAGGUGUACAACGUCACCUUAAUGGCUUUCGUGUCCACUGCUGUGGACUGAUUACUUUUCCAUAUACCUGUAUUACAUUUGACAAAAUAUUCUAAUGAUAAUUUAGCCUAUCAAAUGUAGUUUCUGCAAACAUAUAACAAACAGUUGUCAGAAUGACACUACUACUACUUAGCUGCAGCCACAAAAAUAAACAAACUUUUCUUUAAACCACAAAG